GAACCCCCUCAAUUGUGGACACGUGGCAAUCUUCUCUCCGCUCUAAUCCAUCUAUCUAUUUUGGCCUGUGGAUUCCGCCUGCCCAUUUCUCCUCUGAGCUCCAGCCUCUUGUUCGUCCCUGUUUCCCUUACGUUGUCCCAGUCAAUCUCUCUCUCUCUCUCUCUCUCUCUCUCUCUCUCUCUCUCUCUCGUUUCAGUCUCCGAUCACUUUCUUCUUCAUCUCUCUGUCUUCGCGGCGGUUUCGGAUUCAGUCCCUGGGUUUCUAUGGCUCUACCGGUCGUCGACAGUGAGUAUCUGAAGGAAAUCGACAAGGCUCGUCGAGACCUCCGAGCACUGAUUGCCAGCAGGAACUGCGCCCCCAUCAUGCUCCGUCUGGCGUGGCAUGAUGCAGGUACUUAUGAUGUUCAUACAAAGACAGGUGGGCCCAAUGGCUCAAUUAGGAAUGAGGAGGAGUAUAAUCAUGGAUCAAAUAAUGGCUUGAAAAAGGCCAUUGAUUUUUGUGAGGAAGUGAAGUCUAACUAUCCAAAAAUUACAUAUGCAGACCUAUACCAGCUUGCAGGUGUUGUUGCAGUUGAAAUCACUGGAGGCCCCACAAUUGACUUCGUUCCUGGAAGGAAGGAUUCAAAGAUUUCUCCCAAAGAAGGAAGACUUCCAGAUGCUAAACAAGGUGUGUCGCAUCUUAGGGACAUUUUUUAUCGGAUGGGACUGUCUGACAAGGAUAUUGUAGCGCUUUCAGGGGGGCACACGCUGGGAAGGGCGCAUCCAGAGAGAUCAGGUUUUGAUGGCCCUUGGACCCAGGAUCCUCUGAAGUUUGAUAAUUCAUACUUCGUGGAGCUGCUGAAGGUGGAAUCAGAGGGACUGUUGAAACUCCCAACAGACACAGCUUUAUUGGAUGAUCCUGAGUUCCACCGUUAUGUUGAGCUGUAUGCGAAGGAUGAGGAUGCAUUCUUUAGGGACUAUGCAGUAUCACACAAGAAACUUUCUGAGCUAGGGUUCACUCCAAGUUCCUCCAAAAUCAUUACCAAGGACAGCACUGUUCUAGCACAGGGUGCUUUUGGUGUUGCAGUUGCCGCAGCAGUCAUUAUCCUCGGCUACUUAUACGAAGUUCGCAAGAGAAUGAAGUAAGCCAGGCUGUUGCGAGCUCAUCAUUGAAUUUCACUUGGCACGAAGCUCUAAUCUGCAGGAUAGGGGAUGUGUUGCAUAUUUUUUUUCAUACAAAUAAUACUGUACUGGCAAGGUUUUGGUAGAGCUCGCAAGCUGAACUAGCAGAAACCUAUGCACAGGCAUACUUUCAUCCCAUUUUGGAUUAAUUAACAAAAUGCAUAGAUGAUAAGUGAUUUAUACUGAUAGUGUGGAAAGAACACUAACGCUGUGUUAGGGGCCAUAAAUUCAGGUUUUUGAUUUGUUGCAUUUUACAACAA